AUGCCUUCCUCUGUAGCCUCGUCCUUUCCUCUUCGGCGGCGUCGAUCGGAUGAAACUAACGCAAUCCGAAAGUCGGCGCCACCAGCGAUGAUGAGACCCAAGUUUGCCGUCGUUGAAUCCUCAACAACCAGCACAGCGACUUCCAUGUCGUGUUCUUCCUUACACGACGCCGCAUCACCAGUAAUGGCCCCACCACAAGAACAACCUCCCCGCAGCAUUCUCAAAAUCAAGACCCAAGAAGAGUCUCUCGCAGCGGAAAGCAUGGAAGCGCAACUACCUGCGCGACGACGACGCGGUUGCCGCAAACGAGUCUAUUUCACGGAAGUUCAGUUUAUGCUGUUUCCGCUCUGCUUGGGCGACAAUCCAUCCGUCCGUGAUGGCUUGCCGCUGGCACUCGACUACUCGGCGCUUCCGCAGUGCCAUGUGGAAGGCCUGGAAACCUACGAACGACGACGGCGUCCCAGCUCGUUGCGCAGCAGCAGCGGCAAUACUGGUAGUAAGACCUUCAAGCCACGACGGACCCUCGAAGAACUGCGUUUGUCGAAACAAGCGCGUCGGGAACGACUCGAUCCAUUGGAAUACAAACACUGGGAACUGCGGCGUUGUGCCCAACGUGUGCGGCUCCAACAAUCGCAACGCGAAUGGACCAAACAAACGAGGGGAUUGGAGCCCGUCCAAGAAUGCCUCGAACUGGCCACCAAGGCUGUCGCCAACGCCACUUGGAAUCGACGACGAAAGCAAAAGGAACAAAAGUUUCUAGCAGACUACCGUAGUGGCCGUAGUUUGGAAGAGGCCGUGAAGCAAUAG